AUGGAAUUCCGACCGACUCCUUUUCAGCAGGUGCAAACGGUAGAUGUGGAAUCGAUUAACGGGUUGCUCAGCUCGAUCUGGCCCCCAACCAAAGUAGUAUUGAGCAACACCGAAGUCCUCGUCAUCCCUUCGCCAACCGACUCCAACCCUCUUCAAGUCAAGCGUGUCAAACAGCUGCUGAGCAAAUUGGACGGUUUCAUCAUGACCCCGCACCUUCGUUUCAGCACUGCUCAAAACGCCCUGUAUCUGUAUGUCAGCUUGCCUAGCUUCCAACUGGGAUCAUUCCAACACUGUCCGGCUCAACCAGUCCCGACCUACCAGACUCUUCCCUUUGAAAACUGGUGUCUCGCAUAUCGCGUAUUCCCGGAAAUUGCAAAGACCGAUAAACAGUCAAUGCCAGUGACUUUCACCGAUCCUCUUCGUCUAGCCGAGCGUGACACAAUGUUUCGAUUGCGAUUGGGGAUGUUGGGAGGCAUAUUUAUCCCUGAUAUCGACAACAGUCACACUCCCGGUGCUCCUCAGAUAUCCGCCUCGGAGGACGUUUCGGCCCUUGUUCACGACUAUCUCACUCACCGAUCACGCAACGGUACCGACAGUUUCAUGUAUCUCAGCCACCCAUCUUUCUCCACCAGCAUCACCCAGCCUCAAGUACCGGUGUUGGAACCGAUGGAAUUUUGUAGAACUAUAGCGCACUAUGAGGUGGCCAGUACCACGAGCAGGCCAACAGAGGCAGACAAAAGCAGCCAAGGGCCACUGGGACAUGUCAUACUGGCUAGUGAAUUUAGCCACAAGGAACGAUCUCUCAGCAAGUUCGGUGAAGGUUCGACUGGCUUGCCCAUCAACCCUCAAACGGUUGAUCGUAUAAUCGGUUCGUCCAUUUUUGAAGACGCUUUCUGGCUUCUCUGGGCUGGCAACAUGAUUAAAACAGUCGCUGUCAGUGUCGUUGGUCGACUUGCGUGGAAGGCUAUCCAAGCGAUUCGAGGGCCGAUCAUCAUGGCGAACAUGUUUGCUCAAACCGCCGCAUGGGAUGUGAAGAUGGAACCGUGGAGUCGUCCUGGUACAGGCAAAUUUGACCAAUCUUCUGUCGUCACUCGAAAACCCCGGGACUGGUACGAAGGACUGUCUGUUGUCUCUCAGGUGGAUCAUCAGGUACAGUACUCCGCUGGCGACCAUCAACUUCACGUGUCAGCGGCCGCCACCGUAAAGAUCGACGCUUCUUACAAACCACAGAAAUUUGCGACUGGUGGCAGAAAUUACACACAGUCCAACCAUAUCGAUUUCAACUGCACGUGGGAAUACGGCCUCUUACUCGAAUGUCAAGGAGAUAAUGUAGUCUUGACCCAGUCUGGCACACCAGUGGUCUCCUUACGGACGCUUAAUUUUGACGGCGCAAUGGAUCAGAAUUGGUUCCUGUCCGAAACGCCUAGUCUCAUGGUCACCACAAUUCAAGAAUCCAUCAAAGCUUUGUCUGAGAUAUCUUUCCAGCAAAUGACGGUACAGCACGCAGUGGCCGUCGGCAAAUUGGUCAGGUCGUCACCGUCGGUAAAUGAAGUCGGCUCCUUGAUGAUGCCGAUGACAUUGAUUGGCAUCAAUGAAUCUGAUGAGAGAUCAAAUAUCGCAAAAAAGAUGGUAGAUGAUCCGCAGAAAGGAAAACAACUGUUUGCAGAUCUUAUCGCCAAGAUGGGGGGUUUCGAUAAACUCCAAACAGUCCUCAUGGAUAAUGGUCAGGAAUUAUAG